AUGCGAGUUAUAAAGUCCAAUAUUGGCCAAGCGACGGCUGGUAUCGCGUUGCUAAUGUCAAUUCCAGUUGUCUCCGCCUCGUGCAGUCUUCCGUCGUCAUAUCAGUGGACAUCGACUGGACCGUUGGCGAGCCCGGAUUCAGGAUGGGUCUCGCUCAAGGACUUCACUCAUGUCCCUUACAACGGCCAGCAUCUUGUGUAUGCGUCGGAUGUCAACACGGGAGGGUCCUAUGGCUCAAUGAGCUUCGGCCUAUUCUCGGACUGGUCUGAGAUGGCUUCAGCGAGCCAGAACGGGAUGAGUUCGGGCGCCGUUGCGCCUACACUCUUCUACUUCUCCCCAAAGAACAUCUGGGUGCUUGCUUAUCAAUGGUGUGCGUCUGCAUUCUGCUACCGGACAACAAGUGAUCCCACCAACGCGAGUGGAUGGUCAUCGGCACAGACGCUCUACUCCGGAAGCAUUUCUGGUUCUAGCACCGGUCCUAUCGACCAGGCACUCAUCGGCGACAGCUCGGAUAUGUACCUUUUCUUUGCAGGAGAUGAUGGCAGUAUAUACCGGGCCAGUAUGCCCAUUGGAAACUUCCCGGGCAGCUUCGGCUCAUCAGCGACAGUGGUCUUAAGCGACUCGACUGACAACCUUUUCGAAGCAGUGGAGGUCUACACUGUCUCGGGCCAAAGCCAAUACCUCAUGAUCGUUGAGGCGAUCGGACAAAAUGGCCGGUACUUCCGCUCGUUCACGGCCACCAGUCUGAGCGGUACAUGGACAGCGCAGGCCACAAGCGAGAGCGCCCCCUUCGCUGGUAAAGCUAACAGUGGUGCCACCUGGACCAACGACAUCAGUUCUGGCGAUCUGAUUCGCAGCACCGAUGACCAGACAAUGGCCAUUGAUCCGUGCAACCUGCAGUUCCUCUACCAGGGAAGAUCCACAACAUCGAGUGGCACCUAUAACCUUCUGCCUUAUCAGCCCGGUCUGUUGACUCUGGCGAACUAG